AUGGACGCAAGUCCGCCAGUGCGAGCAGUUUACAUGGUAAUCGAGGCUUUGAAGUUACCCGAAGUAAAAUAUGUUGAAACUGACCUCUUGAAUGAUGACCACCUUAAGGAUGAUUUUUUAAAGGCCGAGUUAGGAGAGCAGGAGAAGGAUCUCCUGCUCUGGGCCGAGGUCGUGGUGCCUCAUUGCGCUUACCCCGCAACCCCGGCUGAACAUCAGCCCUAUAAGGCCCCGUCUAUGGGUUCAUUAACAAUGGUACUGACACUAUACAAAAUAGAUGCGAGUCCUCCAGUGAGGUCUGUGUUCAUGGCUAUAGAAGCUUUGGACCUUGAGAAUGUGCAAAUGGUUGACGUCAAUUUAUUCGAAGGAGAACAUUUAAGAGAAGAAUACUUGAAGGUGAAUCCCCAACAUACUGUUCCGAUGCUAGCUGACAAUGAUUUUUAUAUCUGGGACAGUCAUGCUAUUGUAACUUAUUUGGUGACGAAAUACGGCAAGAAUGAUGAUCUGUACCCAGCUGACCCAGAAAAGAGAGCUAUCAUUGAUCAACGACUUCAUUUCGAUAGUGGAAUACUGUUUCCAUCUUUAAGGGCUUGGAAAAAAGUUCAUGUGUUGCCAUUACCCAAAGUCUCCAAUCCGUCCUCACUUUCUGAGUUUCGUCCCAUAUCCAUACUUCCUAUCCCAUCUCAAGUCCUCGAGAGUGUUGUUAACAGUCAACUGUCCCAUUACCUCUCCUCUAACAGAUUGCUAAGUCCAUACCAAUCUGGUUUUCGCCCUGGUCAUUGCACAGUGUCGGCACUGGUUAAAAUAACCGAUGACAUCCGACUGGCCAUUGAGAAUAGACUUUUGACGAUAAUGGUGUUGUUGGACUUUAGCAGUGCUUUUAACUCAGUUGACUUUGACAUCCUCCUCGGUAUCCUAUCCUCACUAAAUGUAUCUCCUUCUGCAACUGCAUGGUUCAAUUCUUAUCUUCGAGGUCGCUCGCAGUCGGUCCGCUCUGAUGAUGUUUCAUCUGAUUGGUGCGACCUGUCGGCGGCAGACGACUUGCAGCUAUAUCAACACUGUAAACUCGAAGAACUUCCUAAAGCAAUUGAUGCCAUCAAUAAUGAUCUUGGAAACAUAAGUAAAUGGGCUAAAAGUUUUGGACUAUUAGCAAAUCCUACCAAAUCGCAAGCUCUCAUUGUUGGUGGCAGAUAUUUUCUUAAUAAACUGCAGUCUCCUCCACCAGUCUUAUACGAUAACGUUGCCAUAUCAUAUACUACUUAUGUCAAGAACUUGGGUGUCCUAAUGGAUUGUCAUUUGUCCUGGGGUCUACACAUUGCAGAAUCGCUCCUUCUCCCUUUACUAGAUUAUGCUGAUGUCUGCUUCCUUGAUGCGACUGAGGAACUUCUUGACAAACUCGAACGUUUGCAGAAUCUGUGCAUCCGCUUCAUUUUCGGCCUUCGGAAAUACGACCAUGUGUCAGAAUUUCGGAGUCGUCUGAAGUGGCUGCCUAUUUGA